AUGAUAGCAUCCUCGGGCGCGGGCGGCGUCUACGACCCGGAGACGGGGUUGAGGGCCUGGGCGAGGCUCUCGGUAUCGCCGGAUGGCCACGCAGUGAGCCUCGCGGAGUCUGUCGUUAUGGACGAGUCUUUGAGCCAGUGGAAUGAUCGAUUACAGCAGAGCGUCAUCUACCAGCUUCCGCCAUAUGUCCUGAACGAGGCGAUCACUAGCUGCCAGCCCCAUGUAGUCCUGUUUUCUAAUUGGCUCAUGGGCACGCACCCAUUGGGAUUCAUGGUCUGGGCCAACAACUUCUUUGGCGAAUAG